GUUGUAGUUACAUUCCUAACUAAUUUUGUUUAUGGCUUAUACUUUGGUGAUUUCAUUAUUGGUUGAGUAGCUUCUACUAACGUAAAUAAAAGUGUUUAAAAAUUGCAAACAAUUGAGAUGGCGGAGGACUUUUAUCCCGAUUUGGAGAGAAUGUGCCGGUUGUGCCUACGCGUCAUUGAUGAGGCAGAUCUUGUUGACAUUUUCCCUCAAAGUGAACGCUGCUCUGGUAACGGCAACGCGGCUAUGCAUCUGUCCAUCCCAAUGCGUAUCAUGGCGUGUGCUGCAUUGGAAGUCCAAGCCGGCGAUGGACUUCCCAAAUCGAUAUGCACCGAAUGCCGCUUUCAAUUAGAAAAGUCAUAUUACUUUCGCAAGCGUAAUCAGAAAUCCGACAGUAAAUUGCGCAAGCAUAUACGGCUGCUAAAUUUGGGAAAGCAAAGUAGGGUAUUUGUAAAGACGGAAGACGAUGAUUUCGAAGACGAACUCGAAUUUGAGGACUCGAUCAAAUUUAUACAAAAGAGAGAAGAAGAAAAGCAAGCAGAAGAACAAGCACUGUGGGACGAGAAGUUGCGAAAAGACCUCGAUCACAAAAUAUCACUUGCCAAAGCAGAAUGGACUGAACAAUGUAAAGAGGAGCUCAAGGAGGUGGUAGCAAAAGAAAUACGCUGCACAGUUGUUGCCGAAGUAAGGCAAGAAUUACGUGUUGAAAUGGAGCAGGAAAUCAGAGCUACUUUACGCGAGGAAUGUUUGGAACAGGCAAAGGAGGAACUCCGUGCGGAAGUCAUGGAGGAGUGCCGCGAGCGUGAACGUAAUGCACUGUUCGACGAUCUACAAUCCUUUUUGAACCAAAAAAGGGAUGAGAGUACAACGCAGAAAGGAAACACUGAUUUUGUGCCUGUUGUAGCAGAAAAUUUAAUUAAAAACAAAGGGGAUACACAAAAUGUUGUGGAUGAACUAGUCCAAAGGGCUGCUAAACGUAAAGUUAUUAUUGACAAUGACGAGACUUGUGUCGAAGCGGAAGCCGAUGUGGACGACGAGGAAGAAGAGUCUGAGUUCUAUCUCAUAGAAUCCAUUAAUAGUCAUGAAGAUGACUGUUCAAUUGCAUCCGAAAAACCAACGAAACGACAGAAAAUUGACAAAAGUCAGCGGUUUGAAUAUUUUGAAGAUAGAACGGGAAGCGGAAAUUUUCGCUUAACAGCCUCGGAAAGCAGCAGUCAUGAACCGGGCGCGGAGUCAUAUCACAUUGCAGAUUCUGGCGAAGUUCAGUAUUACAAAAAGGUGUUAAAAAAUGAAAACGAUGAAGAGCAAGCAAUCGAAAACGAUGUCGAACAUGAAGAGGAAAAUGUUAUAGUUUUAAACUUUGAAAACGGCAUAGAAGGCGAGCAAGUCGAGUCAAUGGAUUUUGCGGACCUAAAGAAGUUAUAUAUUGUGAAGUCUUCAAAAGCCGAGCAAAGUUCUCCGGAUGAGAACAAAACAGCGGAGAAGCCACUCUUUACGAAGCAGGUAGUGGCCGACAAUGCUAAUGCGGUGGAUCUGGCCAACAGCAUAGAUUUUCCGUUGCACUUGCGAAAAACUGACACACCGAAAACGUUCAAAUGCGACUCAUGCCCCAUGGUGUUCUCCACAAGCAAUGCCAUGAAUCGUCAUUUGCGUACCCAUUUGAAGAUGGAGCAGCGCGGCGUAUCCUAUCAGUGCUCUGUGUGCCUUGUUUACUUGUCCUGCAAAAGUGCGCUCAAUCGGCAUAUGAUUAUACAUACGGGCGAAAAGCCGCAUGUGUGCGAGGAGUGUGGCAAGUCGUUUGUGCAACGCGAAGUACUAAAGCGCCAUAUGUUAACGCACACCGGUGCCCGGCCGCACAAGUGUACCCAUUGUCGACGUACAUUUACACAGCGCAACAAUCUGAUAAAUCACAUCAAUCGGGCACACUCAGAAGUGCCAAUAGCGCAAUACUCUUGUCAUCUUUGCCCGAAACGCUUCAGUCAUACGUCGGGACUCAGUCGACAUCUGGUCACGCAUACCGGUCUGACGUUCCAGUGCACAGAAUGUAAGCGCAAAUUUGCAGAUCGCUCAUCGGUGAAGCGUCACAUCAUAAAUGUGCAUGGUGUGGGAAAAAAUGUGGCGGUGGAAAGUGUGAAGAAGACCGGAGUUGAGUAUUACUCUGUCGAUGGCGGCGAUACUGCAGAAACUGAAGAGGAAAACGGUGCAGAGUUUUUGGUAUGAUAGAAGGAUAUACGUACAUAUGUGUAUAUGUAUUUAAAAUUGGUGUUGAAGCAAUAACAAAAAUAUUUGUUUAUUACUUUUUUCUAAACAUUUAAUGUUAUGUCUAUACGUAAGUCAGAAGUAAGUGCGUAGCUUACUGAUGAUGAGGCCAGAGAUGUUGUACAAGGAGUAGCAUAAAAGUUAUUGAUAAUAAAUUAAUUUUAAUUACAUUGGCUUAUUGAUUGUUAGCAGGUAUAUUCGUUAAUUCAAUUAGCUAUUAUCAGCAACAAUAACAACUGAGCAUUGAGCGUAAGCAGAAGCCUUUCUAAAUACUAGAAAGGUAAGGGACACAAAUUUUACAAUCACUUGCAAAAACAGGAACAAGGUAGAUCAGCUGAAAUCUCUUGGAAAUAAUCGCAUAAUUAUAAUAAAUAUUCAAAAAUUGCAAAGAAAUACAAUUUUCACAGAAAUAAAAAUUUAUUUGUUUACAAAAAGCAAGGCGAAUUCAUUAAAGGUGGUGGCACUAGACCAACAACAAUAUUUUGUACGUUUGAUUGUCAAAGCAAAGUAUUGAGAAACUAGAAAACAAAGAAUGAAAUCGCCUUGCUUCAUUCUGGGCUGACAGUCACAUGGGCACAUAGGACCUUUAAUAGAUUCGCCUUGCACUGACAGUCACAUACACGGCGAAAAAAAACAAAUCAGCUGAUUAACCAAAUUUCGCCUUGCACAAAACCAGUAACAAUUUGCAAGCUUACGCAUUCCUGAUUAAAUUGUUGCCAAAAAAAAAAUUUAUAUAUAUUAAACUGAGCUACUUCGUAUUAAAUUAAAAAAUAAAUA